GUGUCUCCUUUAGCACUACACCCCCCUUUCCUAAAUAAAAAAGAAUGGCAGAAGUAGCACAGCAUUUCGAGUCGAUGACCAUGGAUGAUGCCGCAGCCUUCAAAACUUACCCUCAACAAGCCGGUACCAUCCGCAAAAACGGUUACGUGGUUAUCAGGGGCCGCCCCUGUAAGGUUGUUGAAGUUGCAACUUCAAAGACAGGGAAGCAUGGUCAUGCUAAGUGUCACUUUGUUGGGAUUGAUAUCGUCACUGCUGAGAAGCUUGAAGACAUCGUCCCUUUUUCCCACAACUGUGAUGUUCCACAAUUGGUGAAUCAAACUGAUUGAUGAAUUUGUGGGCUGAAGAAUGUUGGGUCCAAUAACAGGCCUCUCUGUUGCUUGCUUCCAUUUCGUUGUUUAAUUUUCUUGUUUUAUCUGUUUUUCCUCUUUGUACUGUAACUAUCUAAUAAAUGAGGAUUCCCGUUUUAGAAGUUGUGUUA